AUGAGAGUUUAUUUAUGCGGAGGGGACGAUAUUUUUCCAGCAAAGUUGUUGAAAAUUGGAAAUGGUACUUUAGAAAAUGAAAAUGGUUACAUUUCUGUCAAUCACACAAUUGGACGGGUGGUCAAUAACGUGGAAGAGUUGAUUUCUACAGUUUAUCCUUACAUUUUUAAUCUGUCCAAUAAAUCUUAUCAGUGGUUAUGUGAAAGAGCUAUUAUCUCUCCGAGAAAUGUAACAGCAGGAGAAAUCAAUGAUAUCAUCCUUCUAAAAUUCGAUGGACACUCACGUGAAUAUCUGUCUAUUGAUACAGUUACAUCAACAGAUGAUGCUAUUCAUUAUAAACAAGAAUUUCUCAAUUCUCUUUCUCCUUCGGGAUUUCCUCCUCGUAAGCUAAAAUUAAAAAUUGGUGCUCCAAUUACAUUAUUACGUAAUAUUCAACCACCGAACUUAUGUAACGGUACAAGAUUACAAAUAAAAUCGUUGCGAAAUAAUAUUAUAGAAGCAGUAAUUCUUACAGGGCCAGCAAAAGGAGAGAUCGCAUUUAUUCCAAGAAUUCCCAUGAUUCCCUCAGACUUGCCGUUUUCUUUCAAACGGUUUCAAUUCCCGGUUAAAGUUUCUUUUUCCAUUACGAUAAACAAAGCGCAAGGGCAAACAUUCAGGGUUAGGUCGCAACGGAAGCGAACUCGUCGCUAA